GCUUAGAGAAAAGCUCCUCCCGGCCGGCCUUUCCUGCCCUUUCCCGGUUCCUGUCUACCAGAGUGCUCCUGGGCUCUGGCCUCUCCACCAUGUGCGGACCGCGAUCUCCUAAGGCACCCUGUUGGGCCCGGGGCUGUCGGGUACCAGGCACAGGGCUCCUCUUGCUCACCUACCUGGCUUACUUGGUGCUGGGUACCGGUGUGUUCUGGGCACUGGAAGGUCCUGCGGCCCGGAACUCCAGCCGCACCUUCCAGCGCGACAAGUGGAUGCUACUACAGAACUUCACGUGUCUGGACGGCCCAUCGCUGGACCUGCUGAUACGGGGCAUCAUCCAAGCAUACAAAGAUGGGACCCACCUCCUGGACAAUACCACCAGCAUGGGGCGCUGGGAGUUUGUGGGCUCUUUCUUCUUUUCCGUGUCCACCAUCACCACCAUCGGCUACGGCAACCUGAGCCCCGAGACCAUGGCUGCCCGUCUCUUCUGCAUAUUCUUUGCUCUCGUGGGGAUUCCGCUCAACCUGGUGGUGCUCAACCGGCUGGGUCAUCUUAUGCAGCGAGGGGUGCACCGAUGUGUCCAGCGGCUGGGGGGCAGCUGGCAGGACCCCGCGCAGGCACAGUGGCUGGCGGGCUCGGCGGCGCUGCUCUCCGGCCUCCUGCUCUUUCUGUUACUGCCUCCACUUCUCUUCUCCCGCAUGGAAGGCUGGAGCUACGUGGAGAGCUUCUACUUCGCCUUCAUCACACUCAGCACCGUGGGCUUCGGCGACUACGUGAUCGGGAUGGACCCCUCUCGAAACUACCCAAUAUGGUACAAGAACAUCGUCUCCCUAUGGAUCCUCUUUGGGAUGGCCUGGCUGGCCCUGAUCAUCAAAAUCAUCCUGUCCCAGCUGGAGACACCAGGGGACAUGUGCACCUGCUCCCUACGCUGCUCCAAGGGCAACAUCAAGUGCCGAAGCUGGAGCGGGGCCAAGAAGGGGACCACGGCGUCCAGCCACCAGGCACCACGUCUGGAACCUUCCACUCAGGUUAUGCGACAUGACGAGGACAGCUAGCUGUCUUCCAGGAUUGCUGGAUCUCUGAUUUUAAGCAUGAUUUUCUGUGCCUCCCAACUAGGUACAGGUAGGAGAUUCAAGUUCAUCCAAUAAGCUGUGACUUUGGGAACAGAGUGUGCUCCUCUUUGCCUAUUUCUUUCUUCUAGCCUUCUGUAAUGCUGACAUGGUGGCAAGAGGCCCAGCAGCCAUGAAGUAGAGGCCAGGAUUGAGACUUGUAGCACAGUAUCAGAAGUAGCCUGGAGUCCUGGUCAUCACAGAGUCAUAACAAACCAGGACUGAACACUGCCUUGCUUCAUGUGAGAGCAUUAGACGUCGUAUUUGGAACUACUGGUUGAGUGUUUCUAGCACAGCGAAAUUUAAACUCUUAACGAUGUACACAUAUCCAUAAACAGACACAAUGGAGGCUAGAACCCACAGAGAGAAACAAUGCCAGCCCCAGGUGAGCUUGCCCAGGAUGGGUGGAGGCAUGGACGGAGGGCAGAGAAGAUGCGGGACCUGCCAUCCUUGGACCAUCUAGAGGAGUUCACAGGGUUUGCUAGUGAGUCCCAGGACUGAUCCUGCAGCAGGUGUAGGAACCCAGCCAGCUCCUGGAUCCUUCCUUGCUCUCUCAAAGUGAGCUGAGCAACAGCAUCCUCCCGGCCCCCGCUUCCUGACUGCCUACACAAUGUGACCAACCACCUCCUGUCACCACAUCCUCUCACCCGUGAUGGACUGUGUCCCCUAAAACUGGGCACCAAAUAAAC